AGUCUUACUUAAAAAGGAGAUGGGAUUAUUUGAUAGUAAAACACUGUGUCUUAUUUACUUGAUUAUGUUUGAUUUACUAUUUUCUUGAUAAUCCUCAAUUUUGGAAAAAUUGUGAGAGAAUAAACAGCAUCAGUGUUUUGGCACAUCAGUAUCUAGAAAGGUUGCCCCAAACUGAUUUCAAAUAUCUCAAGUAGUUAAGGGGGGGCAAGUUACUUUUCAGCCACCUUUUACAAUGUCACAAUAUGUAAAUCCACCGUUGAACUUCUCUUGGGUUGUACAGGAAAAAUUGGCAGCAAUGGCCUGGCCACAAACGGAAGCAAACAUAGAAUAUGUGGUUGAAAGUGGUAUAAAACACCUUGUUACUUUGUCACCAGAGAAAAUACCUCCAGCUAAACAUCAUCCUAAAGUGAAAUGGAAGUUAAUCUCCAUACAAGAAUUUCAAGCCCCAACUCUUGAUCAGAUAAGACAGUUUAUAGAUAUCUGUGAAGAAGCGGAGAGAAAUAAGGAGGCAGUGGGGGUCCAUUGCAGGCAGGGCCGAGGUAGAACAGGUGUGAUGGCAGCUUGCUACUUGGUGGGGUUUCAUGGUCUAUCACCUGACAGAGCUAUCACCAACCUGAGACUUGCCAGACCUGGCUCUAUUGAGACUUACAUGCAAGAGAAGGCAGUCUCAGCUUACUAUGACUUUCUACAAAGAUCUGAGUUUUGAAUAUUAAAUAAUGAUGCUUUGAAUAACAAGUUUCAAUGUAGUUGGAUAUGUUAUAAGGCUGUAAAAUUUAGUACUGAAUAUAAAUUGAUAAAUUAUCAACCAACAAAAUGCUAUAUUUUAGAUUUGGCCUUUCUUUGAUAAAAUAUUAAACUCAAUGUCCCAA